AUGGAAAACUACUUUCAAGCACAACCAGAACCCAUGCCAAGCGCUCAACCGGAACCUGUCGUGCCAGUGAUACCAGGACCUCUGAUUAUAAAUGAAUCGGCAAUCGUGAUCUGGGAUACCACCAUAGCAUUAGCAAGAUAUUGCCUCCAAAACUACCUUUCAAUGUUGCCAAUUGAUCCUGUUCGCACUACAAUGGAGGAGCGAUGCUGGGCAGGCGUCCUUGUCGUGUUGAUGCAAGAAAAUGCUGUGAUUGCAGCAGUUGCGGUUAAUGCAUUCCUCCUGCCCUUUGAUGCAUCCCUCCUGCCCUUUGUGAUGCAUCCCCCUCACUGA